AUGGGUAUAAGUACAGAAUUUGAAAAUUUUGAACAACAAUUCUUGGAAAUAAUUGGGGAGUUCCAAUCUAUUUCGGAUUCCGAAAGUCGGCUUCGAGAAGCUCUGCGUACUGAAUCCACGAAGGCCGAGGCAGCAGAAGUGGCUCGUGAGGCCGCAGAGCGAGCUGCAGCGGAAGCCCGUAGCGCAGCGGUGGCCGCCACCGCCGGAGCCUCCCAAGCUGCUGCAACUCUCGCUAAGGCUCAAGAUGAAAUCACUGGCCUCAAAAUACAAGUAGAAUUAAUAGAACGGCAACGGACUCUUCUAGAAGAGCGUUAUGCAGCAUUUUCUGGGCAAAUAGCUUUACUAGAGAGAGAACUUCAGCAGUUGAGGCCCUUACAAGUGUCACAUUCAACACUCCUACGACAAUAUACGGAGUUACAGGAACGUGUUCGAAUUACGACAGAGGAUACUCGCAAUGAAGCGUCUCGUUUGGAAAACGACCUUCGAAGAGUUGAGAAGUGUGCUGCAGGUGGCUCAGAAUUGAGGGAAAGAGCACGCUUGGCUGCGGCAGCACAUGCACGUGAAAAACGAUUAUCUGCUGCUGAGCUCCAACAUACGUCUCGAGACUUAGUUGCUGCUAACUCUGAAAUAGUCAGGCUUGGAGCACAUGUAGCUGAAUUACAACUACGUUUAUCAGAACAUACAAAUAAAACUGAUUCAAAGAUGAAAAUAUUAGAUCAUGAUGCUGAGGCUAUAUCUGAAAUAAGAGCAGCUCUAGAAGCAGAGAGAGCGGGAGCUGCUCGUUUAGAGCGUGCCCUAGCAAGUGCUCUAUCUGAUAAUGCUACAUUGGCAGCGCGAUUGCACGAUAAUGAUAAUACUCCUUCACAGAGUUCUCAGACCUCGAAACCGGUUGAAAGCUCAAAUCCUACGCACUUUUGUCCCAUUGAUGCAUUUCUUGCAGAUUAAAUACAUAUAAUUUCUUCCUAAUAACAAAAUAAAUAUAUUAUA